AUGAUGAAUGUAGGGGACUCUGCCCAAAUUAAAGGAUGCUCAACCAAGACAAGAUACUUAGAAACCUCCACGGGGAGCUCAUCCGUUGAUUCUAUACUGGGCACCGGUCUGCCUAACACAAGCAUUUACAUUGUGGAUGAAGUCAAAUCGAGAGUAUAUGCUCCUACAUUAGCGAAAUAUUUCUUAUCUGAAGGAGUUCAUAACGAUCACGAUAUACUUCUUGCUGGUCCUGCUGCUCAGUGUACAGAUUUAUUGAAUAAUCUGCCGACAAAGUGUGAAACCUCAACUAGCUCUUCUACCCCUUCGACACCAUCUUCAUCUACAUCAGGGCCGAAUAGUUCUAUGAAAAUCGCCUGGAGAUAUGAGGCAGUUGGAAAAGUUGAUUCAUCUAUAGGAGGGAAAUGUUCUUAUGACUUGCAAAAGCCUUUACAAUCUCUGACCAGUUUUGGAUCAAACAUCAUUCAACUACCAGCGACCAAAGAGGUUGAGCUUACGUACUCUGACACAUUGAAAGCAAUCAAGGAACUAUUGAAAUCGGAGAAAUAUCAGAAAACAAGAGCUCCUGGAAAGAAUUUACUAAGAAUUGUUUUAGUUUGCGUGGGUUCUCCGUUUUGGACAGAUCCAGAAAACUUCAGCUCUUUCUUGGCUGAACUUCAACUUAUAAUUCGCAACUCAUACUGCGUAGCAUUGAUUACCACAAACUCCUCUUCUCUUCCAGAAGAUAAAGUCAGAGAAUUAGAAGUAACUUCUGAUCUUUAUUUCCGCCUACAAGCCAUAACUGACGAUGAACGUAAGACGAUGCCUGGUAUGGACAAGUUGCAUGGAUAUUUUCAAAUUAUACGUUUACCAACUUUGAUAUCACCAGCGUUUCCUCGACCUCCGGCUAUUGAUCUUGGUUUUGAACUUCAUAGAAAAAGUUUCUCAGUUAAAGUUAUACACUUGCCUCCCGCUCUAGGAGCUGAGCCAACGCCCUCAACGGGUUGCAAAAUAGAUUUUUAA